AUGACGGAGAUGGACCUCCUUCACAUUCUGAAUGAUUUAAGCAACAAUGAAUUUAAGGACUUCAAGUGGUCCCUGAAGUAUGAAAAGGUGGGCGACAUCCCACCCAUCCAAGAGAGCCAGCUGUCGAAGGCGGAGAGGCGGGACGUGGUGGAUCUGAUGGUGCAGAAAUAUGAAUUUGCUGGAGCUGUGGAAGUCAUCAAGAAUAUUUUAAAGAAGAUCAGCAGGAACGAUCUGGUGGAGAAGUUGACAAACAUCAGCUCAGGAGCAGAAGGUGGAGAGAGUAGCACUAGUGCCACAGUAGUACAGAAGCCCACUACUUCAGAGCAACCUGCAGGUGGAGAGAGUAGCACUGGUGCCACAGUAGUACAGAAGCCCACUACUUCAGAGCAACCUGCAGCAGAUGGUGAUCUGCAGGAGGUUUUAAACACAUAUAAGAUCAGUCUGAGAUUGAAUUGUCAACAUGUGACUGAAGGAACUGAUGAAUCAGAGAGUGAAACCCUCCUCAACAGCAUCUACACUGAGCUCUACAUCACAGAGGGAAAGAGUGAAGAUGUUAAUACCCAACAUGAGGUGAGGCAACUUGAAACAGCUUCCAAGAUGGAGACCCUCCAUGACACUCCAAUCAAGUGUCACAACAUCUUUAAACCCUUACCUGACCAACAGAAACUCAUCAGAGUCGUUCUGACCACCGGCGUCGCUGGCAUUGGAAAAACCUUCUCAGUGCAGAAGUUCAGUCUGGACUGGGCAGAGGGCUCGAAAAACCAAGAUGUCAGUCUGGUGAUUCUGCUUUCAUUCAGGGAGCUGAACUUGAUCAAAGAUGAGCAGUACAGUCUCCUCAUGCUGAUCCAUGAAUUCCAUCCAAAAUUACAGAGGGUCACUGCAGAGAAGCUCGAUGACUGGAAAGUUUUGUUCAUCUUUGACGGCCUGGAUGAAAGCAGACUUUCACUGGAUUUCAACAACAGGAAGGAGGUCGUGUCUGAUGUCACACAGAAGUCAUCAGUCAACGUGCUGUUGACAAACCUCUUCAAGGGGAAGCUGCUUCCUUUGGCUCUCAUCUGGAUAACUUCCCGACCUGCAGCAGCCAAUCAGAUCCCUCGAACAUGUGUAAACAGGGUAACAGAAGUACGAGGCUUCACUGACGUCCAGAAGGAGAAGUACUUCAGGAGGAGAUUCAGUGAUGAAAAGCUGUCCAGCAGAAUCAUCUCACACAUCAAGACAUCCAGGAGCCUCCUCAUCAUGUGUCACAUCCCAGUCUUCUGCUGGAUCACUGCUACAGUUCUGGAGCAGAUGUGGACUACAGACCAGAGAGGAGAGCUGCCCAAGACCCUGACUGACAUGUACUCACUCUUCCUGGUGCUUCAGACAAAGAGGAAGAAGCACAAGUAUGUUGAGGGACAUGAGAUGAGGCCACAGGAGCUGAUGGAGGCUGACAGGGAAGUUCUUCUGAAGCUGGGGAGGCUGGCGUUUGAACAACUGGAGAAAGGAAACAUCAUGUUCUACCAAGAAGACCUGGAGCAGUGUGGUCUUGAUGUCACAGAGGCCUCGGUGUUAUCAGGAGUUUGUACACAGAUCUUCAAAAGAGAGAAUGUGAUCUUCAAGGAAACAGUCUACUGCUUUGUUCAUCUGAGUGUUCAGGAGUUUCUGGCUGCAGUCUACAUGUACCACUGUUACACCAGCAGGAACACAGAGGUACUGGAGGACUUCCUGAGAAAAGACUACAAAGACAGCAAAUCAAAACCAAAGUCUUUCCUCAAGAAAUUUUCAGCUUUAUUCGGAAACAGUUACUCAUCUCUGGAUGUCUUCCUGAUGGGAGCCAUGGAGAAAUCUCUCCAAAGUGAAAAUGGCCACCUGGACCUGUUUGUUCGUUUCCUUCAUGGCCUCUCUCUGGAGUCCAACCAGAGUCUCUUAAGAGGCCUGCUGGGUCAGACAAAGAACAGACCAGAAAUCAUCCAGAGAGUCAUCAACAACCUGAAGAAGAUGAACAUUAAUGUCUCUCCUGACAGAAGCAUCAACAUCUUCCACUGUCUGAUGGAGAUGAACGACUGCUCAGUACAUCAGGAGAUCCAAGAGUUCCUGAAGUCAGAGAACAGAUCAGAGAAGGAACUCUCUGUGAUCCACUGCUCAGCUCUGGCCUACAUGCUGCAGAUGUCAGAGGAGGUUCUGGAUGAAUUGGACCUCGACAAGUACAAAACAUCAAAGGAGGGAAAACUGAGACUGAUCCCAGCUGUGAGGAACUGCAGAAAGGCUCGACUUUCUGGCUGUGGACUCUCAGAGACUCACGUGGAAGUUGUGGCCUCAGCUCUGAAGUCCAACCCCUCCCAUUUGAGAGAGCUGGACCUGAGCUGGAACAACCUCAACGACGGCUCAAAGAUGAAGCUGUGUGCUGGACUGGAGAGUCCAAACUGUAAACUGGAGACUCUGAGAUUGUGGCGCUGCAGUUUGUCAGAGACCAGCUGUGAUUCUCUGGGCUCAGCUCUGAAGUCCAACCCCUCCCAUCUGAGAGAGCUGAAUCUGGGAGGAAACAACUUGUCUUCAGGAUUGAAGCUGCUGUGUGAUUUUCUGGAGAGUCCACACUGUAGACUGGAGACUCUGGAAUUGUGGGGCUGCAGUUUGUCAGAGACCAGCUGUGAUUCUCUGCUCUCAGCUCUGAAGUCCAACCCCUCCCAUCUGAGAGAGCUGAAUCUGAGUGACAACAACUUGUUUUCAGGAUUGAAGCUGCUGUGUGAUUUUCUGGAGAGUCCACACUGUAGACUGGAGACUCUGGGAUUGAGGCGCUGCAGUUUGUCAAAGAUCAGCUGUGAUUCUCUGCUCUCAGCUCUGAAGUCCAACCCCUCCCAUCUGAGAGAGCUGUAUCUGGGAGGAAACAACCUGAAGAGUUCAGAUGUGGAGCAGCUGUCUGAUCUUCAGGAGAGUCCAGACUGUAGACUGGAGACUCUGAGCUGGUAUUGAUCUCUGUCAGAGUGUGAGUGAACAUCCAG